AUGGACUUGAGGAACCACGCAGUCAAGACAGCAGAGAGUUUAGAUGCUGUGACGGAGUUGCUCAAAAUCAAUCCUGAAUACUACACGAUGUGGAAUUAUCGUCGUAUUAUAUUAUUAAACCUAUUCACGGAAAUCGGUGUGGAUGCAACGCAGGAGAAGCUUUCAUUUGAGCUUAUGUUUACUCUUGGUCUGCUGAAGGAGUUCCCGAAAGUCUACUGGAUCUGGAAUCACCGGACGUGGGCAUUGGAGACGUUGUCGGCUACUUUCACAGACGAGCAAGCCGAUGGGAGAUUGUGGGAGUGGAAUAAUGAAUUGAAGAUGGUUGACAGUCUGCUGAAAUUAGAUUCACGCAACUUCCAUGCCUGGGGAUACAGAAGACAGCUGCUCACUCUCAUGAAUUUCAAGGAAGAUAGAAAUACAGUCAGCACAUUCCCACACGUACUCAGUCGAGAUCAGCUCCUCAAAGAGAAACAGUCGACACUUCACUUCAUCGAAAACAACUUCAGUAAUUUCUCGGCAUGGCAUCAAAGAACGAAGAUUUUGAGCCAAUUAUGGGCGUUAGAUGGAGGCGUUAGUAUAGACGAUCUCAAUGAAGAGUUUGACUUAGUCAAACAGGCUAUGUACACCGAUCCAUCGGAUCAGUCGGUUUGGCUGUAUCACAAGUGGUUGAUACAACAGGUAGCUGAUGAAAAUAUCGUAGAUGUGCUACAAAGAGAGCUGGAGUCUAUUAACGAGCUUUAUGAGCUUGAGCCUGAGUCGAAGUGGUGCUUAGAAUCUCUCGCUCACUACAACAAACUACUUCAUCAACAUACUCAAGCGAACGAGCUGCUCCGUAGAUACAAUGAAUACCUUACUGAACUCAUCACAAUUGAUCCAGACAGAAAAAAUAGAUAUCUAGACUCCCUUGUAAAGCUGUAA